UGGCAACUACUGUCAAGGAUCAGCUGAUUCUGAAUGUCCUAAAGGAAGACCAGGUUCCCCAAAACAAGAUUACUGUUGUUGGGGUUGGUGCAGUUGGCAUGGCAUGUGCCAUCAGUGUCUUAAUGAAGGAUUUGGCUGAUGAACUUGCCCUAGUUGAUGUCAUAGAAGACAAAGUAAAGGGAGAGAUGAUAGAUCUCCAACAUGGCAGCCUUUUCCUCAAAACACCAAAGAUUGUUUCUGGCAAAGUAGAUAUUUUGACAUAUGUGGCCUGGAAACUAAGUGGCUUUCCUAAAAACCGUGUUAUUGGAAGUGGUUGCAAUCUGGAUUCUGCCCGUUUCCAUUACCUAAUGGGGGAGAGACUUGGUGUCCAUUCUUCAAGUUGUCAUGGAUGGGUCCUUGGGGAACAUGGAGACUCAAGUGUUCCUGUAUGGAGUGGUGUGAAUGUUGCUGGUGUGUCUCUGAAGAAUCUUUAUCCUGCUUUGGGAACUGAUGCUGAUUCAGAGAAUUGGAAAGAAGUUCAUAAACAGGUGGCUGAAAGUGCUUAUGAGGUGAUCAAGCCGAAGGGCUAUACUUCCUGGGCCAUUGGAUUGUCUGUGGCAGAUCUGGCAGAAAGCAUUAUGAAGAAUCUUAGGAGAGUGCAUCCAAUUUCCACCAUGAUUAAGGGCCUAUAUGGCAUUAAUGAAGACGUCUUCCUUAGUGUCCCCUGUGUCUUGGGGCAGAAUGGCAUUUCAGAUGUGGUGAAGGUAACCCUGAAUCCAGUUGAGGAGCCCCGUUUAAAGAAGAGUGCAGAUACUCUUUGGGGAAUCCAGAAGGAGCUGCAAUUUUAA